AAAAGGAUUGCAUUGUGAUACAGCCGUCAAACAGUGGAGGCUUCCGAGUCCAUAGAAUCACCCCUACACCCUCGUUCUUCAAAGCGGAAAAAUAUCGAUCGUACGAACACCUGUUCGCGGUACAAUGGGGGAGCGCACCUGCCCAUACUACCACCACAAUCCACCGCGCCGCCGGCCGCGCGAACGUGCGCUGACCGCCUCCACGUCACGUAUCGAUCCGCUGACCACCACGCACUGGCAGGUUAUACCACCAUUACCGCUGCCCAGCAAAUAUGUUCUAAAUUCAAAAGUUCUAACGGUUUGUUCUGAUUUCAAAAACGUUGCGUUGCGUCAAAAGUGAUUUUUCCACCGGUAUUUACGAAGUGCAACCAGUUUCACGCGGUUUUAUUUCCAAAAAUAGUUUUUAAUUUCAACGCAAGCACUUUAGAAUCCAAUUUUAUUAAACGCAUUAAUGAAUUUGGUGCCGCAGCAGUUGUUUUUGUAUUUCCUAAUAUUACGCGCCGUCAUAAAAGCUAACAUUGGAAAGAAUUACUUAUUAAUGUCGUCAAUGAUUCAUCGACAAUGACUCAUCGGUUUUUGCUGUUCCAGUGAUGUGAAGCGACCAUGCACAUAACCUCGGGUCUGUCGCCGGCGUCGGGCGAGAUGCUGGACACUUCUGUCCUGCAACUAUACGGGGAGGCCGGGGACCAAUGCGGCUACUUCUCCGUCGACCACGCCGUCCCCGAGUCCUCGCACACCGUUGAGAUAGAAUACGUUUACGAACAACCAGAAACCUACGCGCAAAAUGUAGAUUUAGAACCAGUAAAAGAAGAAGUACAAACAAAGACUGUGAGGAAGCAGGAGAAAAUAGUAGUUGAUGAUGAGCAGGAAACAGAUUUGACUAAUCUGACAUGGCUGCAGAACAUUACGAAUAUCAUGGCGAUUCCACAGUUUCCAAUACCGCCUGUGUCUCCGAGUCCUCCAAUUAAGACACCUCAGACCACGAGACUACAGAAGUUUAACCAGACUAUAGCAAAGUGUCAAAGGGAUUUUAUGGAGAACAGGGCGGAAUAUCAGAGCAAUAGCGAGAAGAAACCGCCGUAUUCGUACAGUACGCUCAUUUGUAUGGCCAUGCGGUACAAUGAUGAUAAGAUGACGCUGUCGGCCAUAUACUCGUGGAUUAAGGAGAAUUUUAAAUAUUAUAGGAAUGCUGAUCCCACUUGGCAGAACUCAAUAAGGCACAACCUGUCACUAAACAAAGUAUUCGUCAAAGUCGCCCGUUCGAAACAGGAGCCCGGGAAAGGUGGAUUUUGGAAACUAGACCUGGGACACCUCAAGGGGACCCAGCGUAUCUCCAACAGGUCACAUAAGAAGAAGAAGACAGACAGUAUCAAUACAGAAACAAAUGAAGACCGGACAGCUGUCGCGAACAUACCACAAGUUGUUCAAGGGAUAGCGACCGAUAUGGGACAUGCUGUGAGCUUACAUUUGCCCGAGUUUAUUAGUCUACCGUUACCUGAAAUAACGUUGGACAGUCAUGUCGGAGCGAAUGUGAUUGUGGAACCAGUGGCGCCCCCGCCGUUGAUACAGGAAGAUGACUUGAGCUCUCUGCUCCUCAAUCCGAUGGAUUGGAACGAUUUGCAGUUGGACAUGCUGGACAACUAUCUCGACUCUUGCUUCAAGUAAAGGUAAGGUAAUACUGAGGUGAAAACAAGGAUUUUUCGAGAUUUCACUUAGUCUGCGCUCCAUGGUGGUCAUUAUGCGAAACUGAGCUAAGAAAUUACAAAGAAAACCUCUCUUUUGGAUGACAGAUGGUACAACAAGUAUUACUUAAAUUAGAUUUAUAGAAUCUACGAAAAUAUUUCUUAAACAACGUUUUCGCGAUAACUAGUAUGAUAUAUAGGUAGUAAUAGGAAAAAUUUCAAUUAAUGUGAUUUCUGUGGGAUUUGAUGUUUGUGCCUUCGAGUUGCUUGUGUAGUUCUUCAGUGUUAACUUGUCAAGGGAGUCGCGGAGGCUUGACCAGAUGGGAGGUGAACCAUCUUUUUAAAUUUCACUGAAAUGGUUAGCCAUCCAUCGAAAUAACCCACAGUUUUAUGGGGUGUUGGUGUUUAUGCUUUAACGAGGCAGAAAAUGUGAAUAGAUAUGUCCCAAUUUAUACUAGUACUUUUCAUGGUAACGAAGUAGAUUAAGGUCUUCUAGUCAGAGACAAAGAAAUAAAGCGAAACAAUAGUAGAUGUAUAAUCAUAGGGUAGAGAGAUGUUUGCAUUUAGGCGAUAAUGGGAUAUCAUACUCUCUUCUGUUUUUAUUGUCCUUAUAAAUGUGUGUUAAUGUAAUAAUUUAAUUUUCUGUUAAUGUUAAAAAGGUUGUUUACGCUUGUAAAAAUGCAAUAAAGCACAAAAAUUAGUUUUACGCAAACUUUUAGAAAUAGGUGUAACUUUUAAGCUCAAAUGAUGCAUAAUGCCGUCCAAUAAUAAUAAAAUAUAACAUUUAUUUAUUGUGACUGUUGCAAUACAAAGUAUUAGUAUGCUCAAAAUAUCUCUAGGUCUGUAACGAAACGCUCAGUAUU